AAACCUUGUUCUAUCUAUUUUAUGUUAAUAGCUUAUUCUACUCCACCAAUAUUCACAUGCAUUCUUUCGUUUUCAACUCAGUUGCCUAAUAUAUGAAGCCAGUUGUUUUAGCUUAAAGUGCCAUUCCUCAUUGGCACAAAGUAGGUAUUAAUCACACUCUAGAGAAGAUAAUAGAAAAUGGAAAGUGAGAAGAGUUGGGAGCAGGACGCACUGAUCAAUGAGCUAAUUGAGGGGAUGGAGGUAGCAAGAAAGUUGAAGGAAGAUUUGAGUUUACCCUCUUCUGUUGACUCUAGGAACUCAUUGUUGCAGAAGAUACUAUCUUCUUAUGACAAGGCUUUAGUUAUUCUAAAAUGUAAUGCAUCAAUUUCCAACUCACAAACCAUUCAUCAACCAUCACCACACCCCCCACUAUUAUCCGUCCAAACAAGUCCUCUGGGGGAGGAAGCUGAAGGGCUUAAACACAAUUCAAAGAAAAGAAAGAUGACGCCCAAAUGGACGGAACAGGUUAGAGUGACGAUUGAGAAUGGCGUUGAAGGACCCCUCCACGAUGGUUACAGCUGGAGAAAAUAUGGACAGAAAGACAUCCUUAGUGCAAAAUAUCCCAGAAGCUAUUAUAGAUGCACGUUCCGCAAAACUAAGGGAUGCUGCGCCACGAAGCAAGUGCAGAGAUCAGAAGAAGACCCCAAUGCCUUUGACAUAACAUACCGAGGAAGCCACACCUGUUGUAAGGGAAACGACGCCGUUGUGACGCCAAAAUCAGAAGACACAAAAGAGAAACCGCAUAAUAACGUUGAGUCUCACCAUGCAAAGCCGUCACAAGACAGUUUAACUGUGAAAACGGAAAACAUAACGGCACACCCAUUGACUUCGUUUGGAUGCAUGACACAGGAUAACCACCACACUUUAUUUUCUUCUAUGGUUCUAGAGAAUGAUCCUUUCUUGAGAAGCCUCUCCCAAACAUCCUUGUUAUCUACAAACACUGCUGAAUCGAAUUAUUUUGUGCCUCCGUCUUUCCUCGUACAUGAAUUCGAUGGCGUCUGUAACAAGCCAUGCCCAGAUUCUGAUGUUGCCGGAAUCGUUUCAGCAGAUACAUCAGCCACCAAUUCUCCAAUUUUCGAUUUUAAUUUCUCACUCCAUUCAGUGGGAAUUGAUGAUUCAUAUUUCCCCUUCAAUGCCUGCGGGCUUUUAUCCCAAUUUCCUAAGUGCACUUGAGAGUGAAUUUUAUGCUAUAUGUUAAAAGUAGUAUGGUUAGCAUUUGAAGAAAUGGACCGAAGGAGGAUGUAAUACAUACGCUACAGACAUCACUAAUAAGUUCCGGUGUAGUUUGUUAAUUUCAAAAUAACCACGUUUGUUUUUGGACAAUAUUAGUAUUAUUUAAGGGUUAAGAAAGUAGUGGAUUCACAGAAUCAGGAAGAAGCAAAGGUAAGAGUUGCAUCUUUCAAAUGUCAAAACAUUUUCAUCUCGCUUACGCCAUAUUUUUUUUAUGGUCAAGCUUUCUCAUAAUUGAACCAGAAGAAUUACUUCAUUUUUGGGCCCAAAA